AUGACAGCGAUGGCAUCAUCUAAUCCACCCACCGCCGCCACCGCCGUGCCGGGCGCAGGCACCAAUGGCCGACCCAUCGUCUUCAUGGACAUCUCGAUCGGCGACACCCCUGCUGGCCGACUCAAGUUCGAGCUCUUCUCCGACAUUGUCCCGCGCACCGCCGAGAACUUUCGUCAGCUCUGUACUGGCGAGUUCAGACCCAACCACGUUCCUGAAGGAUACAAGAACUCGAUUUUUCAUCGUAUCAUCAAGGACUUUAUGUGCCAAGGCGGCGAUUUUGUCAAUGCAGACGGUACCGGUUCACGCAGCAUUUACGGCGAUAAGUUUGACGACGAGAAUUUCACGCUCAAGCACGACCAGGCCGGUCUGCUGAGUAUGGCUAACUCGGGUCCGGGCACCAACGGAUGUCAAUUCUUUGUCACUGCCCAGCCAUGUCCCUUUUUGGACGGAAAGCAUGUCGUGUUUGGCAAGGUCGUCGAUGGCCUGUUGACGUUGAGAAAGAUGGAGAAUGUUCCGACGGGGGCCAACAACAGGCCAAAGAUGCCUGUCCGAGUCACUCAAUGCGGCGAGAUGUAG